CACAUACAAAAUCAAUUGUAGGAGGAAGAUAAAAAUACUUUCAUCAUCUGAUAUUUGUUUGAUUGAAUUUAUCGUUUCUUUUUAAAAAUUGAUAAGUAUGCGCACUUCAUUAAUUAUCUCGAUUAAUAUUUAUGGUAAUUAGCUUUAUUAACAAGUUUUCAAGUAUUUGUCGUGUAGGGGUAUGUUCAGAAAAUAAAACAAUUAUUCAGCAUAUGGUUAAUAAAAACCUUAGAUACAAAUAAUGGAGAAAAACUGUAAGAGAGAGAACAAUAGACUAAUUAUGGUACUGGCAUUAAUUAUGUGCGUAAAAAACAGCAAUACCGUAAAGAAAAGCAACGAUUCGUUGUUAAGUAGACCCAACAUUAUAUUUAUAAUGGCUGAUGAUUUAGAUGUGAACCUAGGAUCAACAGAUGUUUUGAAGAAGACAAAACGUCUAUUGCAAGACGAAGGAGUAACAUUUACUAACGCAUUUACAACAUCUCCUUUGUGUUGUCCGUCUCGUUCUUCAAUACUUACAGGUAGAUACGCCCAUAACCAUAACGUUAACUCGAAUGAUAAAAACUGUUCUGGUCCUGCUUGGAUUGAUGGCCCGGAGAAACUGAAUUUCGGAAAACUUUUACAAGAUUCUGGUUAUGUUACUGCUUAUUUUGGCAAGUAUUUGAACAAUUACAAUGGUGAUAGAGUGCCACCUGGAUGGAAUCAUUGGUCUGGGUUAGUUAGAAAUAGUCGGUUUUACAACUAUUCUCUUAAUGUUAAUGGAAAAAUAGUAAAAUAUAAAAAUGAUUACAAAAAAGACUACUUCACUGAUGUUGUAACCAAUGCUUCAAUUGAUUAUUUCAAAAAUGUUAAAAGUCAGACUUUAUCUGCUCCUAUAAUGAUGGUUUUAUCUAUGUCUGCACCACAUGGUCCAGAAGAUAGUGCCCCACAGUAUCAGGAUUCUUUUAAAGAUAUCAAAGCACCAAGACACCCCAACUACAACUACACAUCUUCAGAUAAGCACUGGGUAAUAAGACAAACACCACCAUUAGAUGAAACCACAGCUUUGUUUACUGACAUUCUUUAUCGGAAACGUUUACAAACUUUACUUUCAGUAGAUGAUGCCAUUGAAAAAGUUUACAACAUGCUCCUUCAAGUAGGCCUUCUAGACGAGACUUAUAUUAUCUUUACAUCUGAUCAUGGUUACCAUCUUGGGCAAUUUAAUCAAGUCAAAGGAAAGUCACAGCCAUAUGAGUCUGAUAUAAGGAUACCAUUAUAUAUGAGAGGACCACAUAUUCCCAAAGGUGUAAACAUUUCAUCAAUUGCAUUAAAUAUUGAUCUUGCACCUACUUUUCUUGAUAUUGCAAAUGCAAACUUUCCUAGCUUCAUUGAUGGUACUAGUUUAAUGGAUCAUGCUGCAUUGAGUAAGACUAGAAGCACCUUUAAAGGAAAAGCCAAGCAUCCUAUUCAACAAAUAUGGAAGGACACAUUUUUAGUAGAGAGAGGAAAAUUAAAAGUUCUUGAAAACCAGUUGUGGAAACCUGAUAAAGACUUGGUUUUGAAACCUGUUGAAAAUGUGAAUGCUAGUGAUAACAAUAAGGCAAAUAAAAUUUGUCAAAGUUUUGGAUUUCCAAUGCCUCCAUGCUCACCAGAUAAAAAAAUAAUUUGUUUCUUUAAAAAUGAAGUACUGCAUUAUCAAGAAUGUUCGAAUUUGACAAGUAAAUGCAAUUGCAAAGAAAACACAUCCAAAACAACUAUUUUUAAUGUUCCCCUCAAGUCAGUAGAAAACUCAACGUAUAUAUUUGCUAAUAAUGAAGAACAUUCAAAUGAAAACUUAACAAAUGUUAAUAAUCAAGAAUUUCUACUAGAUAGUAUUGAUUUAAACUCCUUUAAAAAAACAGACAAUCCACUUGAAAUUGAUAAAUUUAUAUUGCAUCUUAAGAAGAGAUUUGAAAAAUUAAAAAGGCGCAUCAAAAGACAUGAAAUUAAAAUUAUGAACAGAUUUUCAAGAAGUCAUGUGAAUUAUGAGUCUUCUAUUCCAAGUUAUGCUAAAAAUAUAUCUGAAGAUGACAGUACAGAUGAUAUUGAGUUAAAAAUUAAGAGAAACAAAGAAAAGCUUUUUUAUUGGAAAAACGAGAGGAAUAAACUUUCCAAUAUUGCUGUUUAUAAAACUGUUGCUUCAAAAGUUGCUGACCACGUAAAAGAAAGUUCAGCUGCUUACUUAAAUAAUUGUUUAUGUUCAUCGAAACGUAAAAUAAAAAAGAAAAAGGUUCAUGAAGAUAUGAAUUGCUUUCAUAUGAGCAAAAAUCAUUGGAAAGUUCCACCCCUCUGGACAGGUCCGAGUUUUACAGCAUGCACUAACUCUCCCAACAGCACUUAUUGGUGUUUGAGAACUAUUAAUGCUACUCAUAAUUUCUUAUAUUGCGAGUUCAUUACAGGUUUUAAAGAGUAUUUUAAUGUCAGUGAAGAUCCAUAUCAAUUACGUAAUAUUGUCUCUAAUGUUGAACCUCAAAAACUUUAUGACUUGCAUCGUCAGUUAAACUAUAUCAGAAAGUGUAACAGCUCACAUGGAUGUCUGCUGCGUGCUGGAAGAAAUAUGGAUGAUAAUGAGGGCUUAUUAAGAAAAUGGAGGCGAUUUGAGCGCAAAAAAAGACAAUUCUCGAUUUCCUUGGGAAACUAGUUCAAAUAGUUUUUAAAAGAAUUUAAUUGUUUAUCAGCAGAUAAUGUAUGCAAAUCGAGCACUAAUACGAAAACUUAGUUUUCGCAAUUUUUAGCUUUAACUAAAAUUGUUACUUAAAAAGCAAAAUGGUGUUUUGCUGUGUUAUUUAAACAAUGAUACGAUCGCUUGUGAAGCAAAUCCUAAAGGAAAUUUUAUUUAUAUAAUUCUUUUAAAAGCAAAUAUUUAUGUAGUGUUCCUAUGAUUUUCUAAAAAUCAGAAUUUGCUCUAAGCAUGUGUAAAUGUGUUGUACACUCAUUGCUUACUUUGUAAUAGGCAUGUUUUUAUUGGUCGGAUUACUUUGUAAAAGGCAUGUUUUUAUUGGUCGGAUUACUUUGUAAUAGGCAUGUUUUUAUUGGUCGGAUUUUAAAAUAAUUUUAAAGUUACUA